AUGCUGCACAAGGAAUGGGAUGUUAAGAAACAACAUGUGCGAAGGGAUAAUAACAAAGCAGCUGAUUAUCUUGAUAAGGAGGGUCUUACAGUUUUGUGUGGCCUUCAUGUAGUUACUUCUGCACCUACUGCAUUGCUGGCUAUUAUAGAGGUUGAUCGCGAAGUUUUGUGCAACUACUACGGACUGAUGGAAAGCUUCCCGUUCAAUGGCGGACAAACUAGGAAAUCAGAAGACUUGGAUGAUGAGGCCAACAUUCUAUCCAAAAAGAAGCAAUUUUUCACAAUCAAACCCAUUGCUCAAUUGUGGCACCAAAGUGGAAAUUGUCCAAAAGGAACCAUUCCGAUAAGAAGAACAACAAAAGAUGACGUAUUGAGGGAAGAUUCUAUCCGUCAAUUUGGGAAGAAAAUCAACCAGACCAUUCCUGAUCUGUCUGGAUCAUUAUACUCUAGUAAUGACCACGAGUAUGCCAUAGCUGAUUUGAGAGGAGAUAGAUAUUAUGGAGCCCAGGCAUCCAUAAACAUUUGGAAGCCCCAUGUUCAAGAAUCCAAUGAAUUUAGCAUCUCUCAAAUUUGGAUUGUGAAUCGUGAUGAUUCUAAUAAGGUUGAGACCAUCGAAUCUGGUUGGCAGAGCGACUCAUAUGACCGCACUGGAUGUUACAAUCUUGGCUACUCUGGCUUUGUUCAAGUUGAUAAUAAAGUAGCAGUUGGAGGCAGCCUGCAACCAUUCUCUGUAUAUGGUGGUUCUCAAUAUGCAUUCUCCAUCCUUAUCUGGAAG